AUGGGGCAAGCCGCAGAUAAGGUGGUUAAUAGCCGUGUCCACUAUCGGCAUGCCGCCUUUGUGCAAGUCAGGCAUGCAAGGGUAAAUUGUAUACAUUCCACAGAACAUUAUACCAACAAGCUUGCAACAAACAAAACUAAUGUCAAGGAUAACAAGGUGGAUGUCAUGCUCAAGGAGCCCUCAGGGCCCAUCAUCUUCACCAUGUUUCUGAACAUGUUUGGAAAAGCUAAUAAGACGACUGCAGAUGAGGUUUGCCCAACCACCAACUUCACUUCCUAUGGCUGCUACAAGCCCAAGUGUAUCAGAGGGCAGCUGGAGGUGAAUCAGAUGCUGGAGUUUGCCUUCAUUGAUGUGGGUGGCAACCUAGACUGAAAAGCAUUGAGCUACACGCUUACCCACCUAGAGGAGGAAGCAGAAGCUGCUCCGUCAUUCAGGCUGCAAGCUGCAGCUAGUUCAAUAACACUGAACACACAAACUUGCCCGUGA